CCAAGCGUCCCGGCGAGACGUCCCGAGCCCCGACCUCCGCAGCGGUGCGGCGUGUCCCAGUUUCCGUAUAAACUCUGAGGCCGUUUCUCUUGUGAUCUUCCUGACUUCGGGCCCUUAGAUACCGUCCGCCGUAUUGUUUUCCUGCUUAAAACCCGUCACUGGCCAGUUCACCCACCCUGUGUCAUUUAAAGUCUUGAGAGAGAGACUCAAACUUUUCGAGCCCCUACCCCAGCCCUGGCCACUCUCGGCCUGUAGAGGCCCCGAGUUUUCCCCGGCCUGGGAUUCUGCAGCCCUCCCCCUCCCCUAUUUAAUAAGAGGCCCGAUGCCCAGGAACAGUACACUUUUCAGUGGGGUUGGGUUCAGGAGGUAAGACCACGGGGUGUCACGAGAACACGUCACUUCCCCCACACCGGAAGGGGUUUUGUGGAAGCCGUGACUGCGAAGGGGAGGCCAGGAAAGCGGGAGAAUGAGGUGUGAGGGAGAUUACAGGAGAGAUUGAGAAUGAGAGAAAUAGACAAAUGAGAGGGAGAAAAGAUCAGUAAGAGGGUCCAAAGAGACGGCAAAAUUGUCGAUAUGGGGGCGGGGGACUUGUAAAGCGAUAGAGUGAAAGAGGGAAAGUAGCAAGAGAAGAAAAAAUAGAAAAAUACGGAGGAAAGGUGGAGGUCUAGAGGGAUGAAGGGAAGCAAAAAGGGAGAGGGGCCUUGGUUAGCAGGAGUGGGGCCCACAAAUGGCAAAGCACUUUAGACGGUCGGAGAGCGUGGUUAGGAGAUUAAGUUUCACCGAGCAGGUGUUGGGAGAAACAGCAGGGGACAAUUGAGGGGUAACAGGAAAGGACAACAGUGGAGAGAAGCAAGAAAUCGACAUUAACAAGUUGAUAAACAGAAAUCAACAGAAGAAAAAGGGAAACAUCUGGAUGAGUGGAUUGACGUCUCAAGACUCACCUUGCCUGAGGAAGAAGCCCAGAGGAGGAAGAAGCAGAGAGAACAAGGAGUCAGGAAUGACUCUUUCUCAGGGACUGUUGACAUUCAGGGAUGUGGCCAUAGAAUUCUCUCUGGAAGAGUGGGAAUUCCUAGACUGUGCUCAGAGGGCCUUGUACAGGGACGUGAUGUCAGAGAACUAUAGGAACCUGCUCUCCAUGGAUAUCUCUACUAGAUGUGUGAUCAAAGAAUUAUCACCAAAAGAAGACAUUAGUAAUGGAGAAUUAUUUCAAAUAUUGAUUUUAGAAAGAGAUAUAAGUCAUGAUUUUAAUGAUUUUGAUUUCAGGGAAGUCCAGCAAAAUAUGCACAAGGUUGAGGAUCAGUGGGUAUGUGAAGAAAAAAAUUAUGAAGGAGAUCCUACAAUCCAUUACAAAAACCACAUUGGUAAAAGAGAUCAACGGCAUCAUAAACCUUGGAACAAUUUCCCUGUAAAGCAAAAUAGUUCUGUAAGAAGUGUGUCUCAAUAUUAUAAACAUGACAAGUCAUAUAAAAGGGAAAAAGAACGAAAAAAUAGUGUAGCCUAUUCAGGAAACGAGUACAUAAAAUGUUGGGAAAAUAGGCUUGGAUUAAGCUUUCAUUCACACCUGGCUGAACUGCAGAGAUUUCAAACUAAAGAGAAAAUUUAUGAAUAUAAUCAAGUUGAGAAGUCUAUCAAAUAUCGUUCCUCAGUUUCACCACUUCAAAGAAUUUCUCCUAGUGUAAAAACCAACAUUUGUAAUAAGUAUGGGAAGAUUUUUACAUAUGCUUCAUUGCUUACUCAACACCAGAAAACAUACAUUAGAGAAAAACCUUUCAAAUAUAAUGACUGUAGGAAGGCUUUUAGCCAUUUCAACUUAGCUAAUCAUCAAAGAAUUCAUUCUGAGCAGAGACCUUACAAAUGCAAUAAGUGUGACAAAGCCUUUAACAGGUUCUCAAACCUCACGAGGCAUCAGAGAAUCCAUACUGGAGAGAAACCUUACAAAUGUAAUGAAUGUGGUAAGGAUUUUACCACAUGUUCACACCUUUGGGAUCAUGAGCGAAUUCAUACUGGAGAGAAACCUUACAGAUGUAACGAGUAUGGCAAAACCUUCACAGGGAGUUCAAACCUUACUCAACAUAAGAAAAUACAUAUUGGAGAGAAAUCGUAUAAAUGUAACAUACGUGACAAAGCAUUUAGUCAGAAUUCAAGCCUUACAGUUCAUCAAAGAAUUCAUACUGGGGAGAAGCCUUACCAAUGUUGUGAAUGUGGUAAAGCCUUUAAGCAGUGCUCAAGCCUCAGUAGGCAUCAGAAUGUACACAGAGUGAAGAUACACAUGCAGAGGCUGUGGUAAUGCUUUUAUUAAAUGUUCACACCUUUGAGGUCAUGAGAGAAUUCAUACUUGGAAAGAAACUACAAAAGAAUGUAGCAAGGCCUUCAGGCCAUGACCUGGCCUCAGGAUUCACCACAGAUUUCAUACUGGAGAAAGUGCUUACAAUUAUAGUGAGUGUGGUAAGUUGUUUAAGUAGAUUUCACAAUGUGCUAGCAUUAGAGAAUUCUUACUAGGGAAAACUAAGUCUAGUCCCACUUGAAGAUUAAUCAAAUCAAAUGCUACACUCCGCAGAGUAAGUCAAAAUUAUUUAUUCUUCCUGAGACAAUGGGUGUCAAAGAAGCAAGGUCAUCUGUGGAAAAGCCUAGUUAUCAUUGGUUUAUAAAAUAUUUUUAUUUUAGGUUUUUUGAUAAGGCUAUAUUAUGAUUGACUUUCAACUUGUGUUUCAAAAUAUGUCAAUGAUAUGUCUUCACAGACCUUCUUUGUGUCGCUAUGAUGGUACCUGUGGAGGAACUUCUUUUAUUUUUUGGUCUUAAUGUAAAUGCUAUUUUGAUUUUAAUUUUGUUUAUUGCUGGUAUGUAGGAAGGCAGUUAGCUUUGUACAUUAACUUUGUAUCCUGCAACCUUGCUAUAAUUGCAUAUUAAUUUUUAUGUACUGUACUUGAAGACACUUCUGCAUUUUGUUUUCUUAAUCUUUCUCUUUUUGCCUUGAAAACCCAAUGAUGAGACAGUUCAUUAAUUCAUAUGGUCACCAGGAGUUGGAGUUGAAUCAGGGGCACGUAACGUAACACUUUACGACAUCAUAUGAGAUUGUUUAAUAAUUGCAGUGAUAGGUACCCACUCUGUUUUGUUCUAAAAACAAGUUAAAAAUUAUAAGUGAGUCAUAAAAAAAAAUCUAUUACCAUAUUAAUACCAAGCCUGUCUUGCAAUCAUUAAGUCCGACAUCGUCUUGGGGCAGGUUCCUGUUUUACUGUAUUGCAACCAGAUCAUCUGCAUUUUAUUAUGGUCUCAAAAGUUUUAUGCAUAAUUGUUAUUAGCAUAUAGAAUAAAUCUUUACACAUACAGUUUUAAAAUUAUAAAAUAACAUACCACUGAUCUAAAAUAUGGCGAUAAGUUAUAAAAACAAAUACAGAUUUAGAUUAUGGGGAGAACAUAGCUAAUGAGCUUUUUCAGGAUGAUUAAAUACUGUACAUAAUAACCAUCCCCACAAAGUUUAAGUCUGUAAUCUGCUGAUAAACAGGGUGUGAAGUUAGUGCAGUCACUUAACUCUGUAAGUUCUCUUCAGAUGGAAAUAGUAAUUCUCACUUCCAAGAUUUGUGAAGAAUGAAGAUUUUACUGGCCUUCACAGCAGUGAUUCUUACAUUAUGUGUUUUCUUAAAGUUCCACAUUUGAUUCUUAAAAGACUUUUGUGAAAGUAAAAAUUAAGUAAAUAUUUCUCAGUGGGAAAUAAUGGUAAGUGGAGAAUACUGGAUUUCAGUUGAAAUGAUAAGUGUAUUCCAUGCUUCACAUUCUCCUGUAGCAUACCCCAGAAGAAAAAUGUCAGACUUUGGGAACUAACAGAUGGCCUCCAGGUUUUUAGCAAUAGGAAUAAUCUUAUCACAGACUACGAUUAGAAUCCUGGGGAAUUUCUUCUGUACCAUUAUAUCUUCCUUUCCUUCACUAGAAUGAAGGUUAAGGUGCACAGAUUUGAUUGUCAACCACCUGCUGGUAGCCAGCUUCUUAGAUCAUGUUUAUAGGAAUCUCCAGUACAGUGACAGCUAUUGGGUAGAAACAUUUUCUCAAGAUUUUGGAUACAAAUUUGUUUACUGUGUUCACAGAAUGAUAUUGUACUGUACUUAUGUAAGAUGCAAAUAUCAGAGGAAACAAGUUUACAAGGAGCUAUCUUUGCAUCUACCUGUUCAUAUAUAAUUAUUUCAAAAUAAAAAGUUUAAAAAUUGAA